AUGUUUAAGAAAGAAAAAUUACAGAAAGAAAAUCGUAUGUCAUAUUUCUUUGGUGGAACUGUCAUUGGAAUGGCAGCUGGUCUGUUGGCUGGAAAAUUAUUUUCAAAUACAUUGAGUGAAAAAACAAAAAUUUCUGAACAUGCAAUUCUUGUUAAGAAAAAUAUGAAUAAAUAUUCUCAGGAUGACAACAUACAUAAUGCAUUUUGCCAUAAGAAUAUGUAUCAAUAUCAUAUUCGUUCUAAAAGUGUUUCCAGAUACAAAGAUAAGAAAUGUAUGAAGCAACCAUUCCCUGCAAUUUCUUUAAACAAAUUUAAUGAUGGGUUAGAAGAUAAUAUUGAUAACCUUAACUUAAACAUGUGUGACAAAAAUGAACAUAAAAUUCUUUAUAACAACAAAAAUUGUGCAUUGUUUAAUAUAAACAUAGAAAAUAAUACAAAAGAUAAUAUAUGUACUAACAUUUUCUCAGAAAAUUCUAAAGACAAGAAAAAAGAUAAAUAUUUUGAACAUGAAAAUAUCAAACAAGAAUUAUCAUGUAUUAUUCAACCCGAAGAUAAUGCAAAUAUUAAAGAAAAAAAUUUAUUAGAUAUAAUAAAUAGUGAAAAUGCAAAUAAUUUUAAUGAAAAAAUUUAUAAAAAUAUAGAGUUAACAGAUACAUUUAACGCAUUAUCUAUUAAUUUUUGUGGAGAUAAUACUACUUAUAAAAAUUUUGAAAAUGUAAAAAGUUUUGGGAUUAAUUCAAAUAUUUUGUCAAGUUAUGUAGACAAUGCAAGUAAUCUGGCUACAUGUAAUGAUGUUAUAUAUUGUAACGAUGAAGAAGAAAAUAACAUUUUGAAUUUUACUUUUAAUGAAGAAUUUUAUGAAACUGACAUAAUUUCAUCUACAAAACAGAAUAAUUUAGAAGAUAUAUAA